AUGGCAAAUGGAAGCAUUGGAAGGCCUCAAUUGCUGCCUGACCUUGUUGAUCAAGCAUCUUUCUGGAAACUUUCUACAACUGUUCCGAUACUUGUCACUGCCUAUAUUUGUCACCAUAACAUUCACCCGAUAGAGAAUGAGCUUGACGACCCCUCGCAAAUGAAAUCCAUUGUCCGUACAUCAAUCACUUUAUGCACGAGUGUUUACGUAGCAACUAGCUUCUUUGGGUUUCUCUUGUUUGGUAACCAGACAAUGGAUGAUGUACUUGCUAAUUUUGAUGGAGAUCUUGGCAUCCAGUUCAGCUCGCUGCUGAACGACAUUGUGCGUGUGAGCUACGCCAUCCAUUUGAUGCUUGUAUUCCCGAUCGUCUUCUACUCCCUUCGCCUCAAUGUUGAUGGCAUCUUUUUCCCAUUUUCCAUCCCUAUUAUCUAUGAUGGUCGGAGGUUUUAUUCAGUAACAGCAGCCCUAAUGGGUUUGAUUUUCUUUGGAGCAAAUUUUGUGCCAAGUAUAUGGGAUGCUUUCCAAUUUACUGGUGCCACUGCUACUGUUGCUGUUGGUUUCAUUUUCCCUGCUGCAAUUGCUCUCAGGGAUACUCGUGGAAUUGCAACUAGAAACGAUAGAAUAAUCUCCUGGAUUAUGAUACUUUUGGCUGUAUCUUCAAGCACUGUAGCUAUUUGCAGUGACGUUUACAGCAUCGCUUAUGGCAGAGAAGAGGCUGAAGCUUAG